GACUGACUUCAUGCUCACAUGUAGAGUAGUGGUUGUUAGAUGUUAUUAUACAAUCUCUGUUGGUAAUGCUUCUGAUUAGAUGUUUUUAUUUUUUGAUGCUGUCACUACUUGAGAAUUUUCUGCAUGAUUUGGAGAGCUGUCCUGCUUUGGAUGGAGAACCAAACAACUCCUCUCAAACAGCCGAUUGUUUUUGAGCUUGAGGGCAUUAAUGUACAGCCAGGCACUGGAACCUUCUUGUUUCUGCUGGCUUUGCUUGCCUACAUAGUGGUGCUGCUGGGGAACGGUGUGGUGAUCUGUGUUAUUAUGACAGACAGGAACCUGCACAGACCCAUGUUUGUCAUUAUCUGUCACCUGAUGGUCUGUGAUCUGCUGGGGGCCACAAUGGUGCUUCCUCGUCUCAUGAUGAAUUUGUUGAUGGGGAUAAAGAAGAUUGCCUACAUCCCAGCCAUCGCUCAAGCCUUUUGUGCUCACACAUACGGUGCAGCAAUGCUGACUAUUUUAAGUGUGAUGGCCUAUGACAGGUAUAUUGCAGUGUGUGAGCCUCUGAGGUAUCUCUCCAUCAUGACAUCAGCUCGACUGCACUGCUGCUGCACUCUGGCCUGGAUUGUUGCCCUGUUGCUUAUUUCUGUGCUCUUCUCCUUCCACAUGAACGUCCCGCUGUGUGGCAGAACGAUCAAUCAACUGUAUUGUAGCAACCGGGAUAUCUUAAACCUGGCCUGCAUUCCCACUCCCAUCAGUGACAUCUACGGUUUAGCCAUGACCUGGUCUUUAAGUACAGUGACCUUUAUUCUCAUCGCUUUUUCCUACAUCAGAAUCCUAAGUGUUGCCAUAAAACAAGGAAGAACAGACACCAGCCUCCGUAUCAAAGCCUUUCAGACCUGUGCUCCACACAUUGUUGUAUACGUGCUCUUUCAAAUCGCUUCAUUGAUUGUGAUUGUGAGUUACCGUUUCCCCUCCCUUUCCCAAAAUAUUAAGAAGUUCUUCAGCAUCCUCAUCUUCAUCAUUCCCCCAAUCAUGAACCCCAUCGUCUACGGACUGGUCAGUAAAGACUUGAGGGUCAGCUUCAUCAAACAUUUCUCUAAUCGAUUGACAACAUUACCUAGUCGUGCUGUAGCUGGUGUUAUUAGAUAGUU